GAAGAAGAAUAUUACCAGGCCUUGGCAACUAAUAUAGUUCAAGAACUGUUGUACAAGAAAAAACAAAGAGAAAAGGACAGUAAUGAAAAAGCAGGUCAAUCAGACAAUAAACGAAACAACAAGCUUCGUCCAGAGUCAAGAGGGGAAAGGUAGUGGCAACAGUCCAGGCACAGGGGGAGGAGACUUCUCCCUGCAGGAAGAGCUGUUGAAGGAGAUGCCAGAGAGAGUGGUACAGUUGGUACAGGAGAAGUGGAAGGAGAAACAAACUAACCAGUCCACAGCACCUACAGCAAACACCCCUAGUACUGCUGGCAAGAAUAUUAUUCUCAACAUAUGGGACUUUGCUGGUCAGGCUGUUUACUACACAACGCAUCAGGUUUUUCUGUCCUCAAGAGCAGUGUAUGUGAUUGUGUUCAACCUGUGUUUAGAUCUGGAUGCACCUGCCAAAAUGGUUGUAGAAGGAGAGGAAGAGCAGUCUCAGGGUGCAGAAAAUGAGCUGUCUAAUCUAGACUACAUGGACUUUUGGAUGAGUUCUAUUCAUGCCCAUGCUGCCCAGAAUACCAGAAACAGUGUGGAUAACAUGACGCUGUCGCCACCUAUACUUAUAGUAGGAACCCACCGAGAUAGCCUAAGUGACAAUCCAGAGGAGAGGCAAAAAUUGGUGGAGGAGAAGUUCAAGAGAAUACGUGAAAUCCUCAUGAACAAAUCAUACCAGAGACAUGUUGUGAAUCUUACAUUUGCCGUGGAGAACAACCUUCCUGAAGGGCAGAAGGAUGAGCAGCUAAUCCAGCUCAGACAGUACAUAGAAGAAGUGGCCAGUAGGGAGCCCUACAUGGGAGAACAAAUGCCAAUCAAAUGGCUGAAGUUUGAACAACUGGUGGAAAAGUUGGUGGAGCAGGGGACCAAUUUUGUUACUCUGGAGCAGAUCCGUGAGGUGGCCAGUGAUGCAGGGAUCACCAGUGACAGUGAGCUGAAGACAGUGCUGGAGUUCCACCAUGAUCUUGGUGUUAUCAUAUACUACGGUGAAAUGGCCACACUGGACAACACCCUGAGAAACACAGUGAUACUGAAGCCACAGUGGCUCAUUGAUAUGUUCAAGAGGGUCAUCACAGUGGUGGAGAAGAAGGAACAGUGGGGCGUGUAUGUGGAUUCCUGGAACAGACUAGAGCAUGAUGGAGUGCUGGAAGGAAGACUAAUAGAUCACAUGUGGAAGGAUUAUCUGGACCAGAAACCUGCCUUACUGGGACUCAUGGAAAAGUUUGACCUCAUUUGCCCAUGUCUUCCUCCAAAACAUCAAAGCCAAGAAAAUUCGACAAACCCUCCAGAAGUAUAUUACGUGCCUUCAUUACUCAAAAAGUGUCCUAUAGGCUCAGACAAUCUUUUCACUGUAAAAGAAAAAGAUGUUGUGUUCUACCUAGAUUUCAAUGGAUUUUUACCUGACGGUUUGUUCCACCGUCUGUUAACGCGAGCCUCUCGCUGGUGCCAGGAGUGUGGAGGAAUCAUGCCCAAGCUGUAUUACAGGAAGGCCCGCUUCUAUCUAGACAGUGAGCAUGACUUCCUACUGGAGAUGGAACCCAUGCUGGUGGCAAGGAUAAAGGUUUGUGUUCUGAGAGUGGCAGAGCUGGAAGAUUCAGAUGUGUCUUCACUUGGAACACAGGGAGAAAAGGCACUUCCUGCACCAGAUAUCACAGCUACAGCCAAGGUUCGGAAUUUUCUGGACUCCUCAUUAUCAGACCUUCGGGAAAUGUGGAUGAAAAGAAUUUCAUACAAAGCAGUAGUAGAAUGUCACUGCGAAAAGAAACAGAAAGUGCAACACUUUCUAAACCUGGAUGAGUGCCUGUCCAAUAAAAUUGUGUGCUGUGAUCAUCGCAGAAUCAAAACUAAUCAAUACAGAAAGUGGUUUCCUAGUCCAACACGCAUUGUGAAAGAAGGGCCUAUCCUCCCAGAGAGUAUCACAGAGGAAGGGGGUCUGACUUAUAUCCACAACCUAGAGGUGCAGAAGGGAAGUGAGCUGCCCUCAUGGGUCAAAGGUGCUGCAAAAUUGCUCAAUGGAGGAUCAGAGGGAAGAGACUGGACUGCCUUGGCUAAAAGAUUAGGUUACAAGAAGAACAAGAUAGAAAUGUUCAACAAUGACUUGAACCCUGCCCUUUCCCUGCUGACUGACUGGAUCAUAAGCAGUGGGAACACAGCCCUAUCUGUUGACAUGCUGGUCACUUACCUGGAACAGAUGCACUGUGAUGAUGUGGUGGACAUUAUAUUGAAAGGGCAAGAGGCAGAUGUGGACCCACCGCAGAUAUUUAUCAGCUACCAGUGGGACAUCCAGGACGAGGUGAAACUGAUGAGGGACAGGUUGGAGAAGAGUGGCUAUCAUUGCUGGAUGGACAUUGGUCAGAUGGGAGGUGGUGACCAACUCAAUGCCAAGAUUGAUGAAGGAAUCAGAAGUGCCAAAGUAAUAAUUGCCUGUGUUACACCCAAGUACAUUGUGUCCCACCUGUGUAACAGGGAGCUAAGUCUGGGAGACGUGCUCAGGAAACCCAUCAUUCCUGUCAUGUUUGACAAGGUGCCCUGGCCUCCUCCGGGAGGAAUGGCACUCAUGUUCUCACAGCUAGUCUACAUCAACAUGAAGGAGGUGGGUGGUCAUGGCGGCUCAGGUGUCCAUGCCGACCUGGAGGACAGGUACAGUGAGAUCAUGCAGCAGGUGUCCAGGUUUAGCACACCUGUACUACCCAAGGUGCGAGCAUCCUCAGUCAAAACCAACUCGGACAAGUCUCAUAACUCUCAGAGCACUGUGGGGUCAGAAUCUCACUUCAGUCUAACGCCCGAGCCUCCGUUAAUACAAGAGUACUAUGUGGGGAAUAGGCGGGCCAGUUUACAGGUGCCAGCCCUGAGGAAUGAUGAGAAUGCUGAGCCCAUGACAAGACACAGGAACACUGUAGAACAAGUCCAUGUGCAUAAGUGUGCAGUGUGUGUGAUAUUGUAAUAUCAUGUUUAUAGCAUUAUCAGUAUGCCAGUUAACAUGACAACAUUACGUAUUUGACCAAACACUGUGUACUGUGUCAAAUUGGUCAAUAAAAUAUUACAGGGUUUUGCUAGUCCAUGUUAUUCUGAAGUUAUAAACAGAAUAACAAAAUUCUGAUGUUAAAUAUGAAAUAUUUAUGUAUAACCUUGUAUGUAAAAAUCUUGUUAUACCUUAUGGGACCAUAAAGGGUAAUACUUACAGCUGAAUCUUACAUGUUUAUUGUUAGUGCCAGUCCAAUGGUUGUAAAUCUGCUGUUGUUAUAGCACCAUUUGAAACUUGGCAUAUUUGUAGAUUGUUGGCUUUUUGAUUUUGUUAGUUAUUCUUCAGAUAUUAAAAUGAAACUUGUGAUGAAAUUAUGGAAAGCCUACAUUACUUACCUGCUUCUGCUUAUGUGGCUUAAAAUACUUUAAGAAUCUUUUAAGUAUAGACCUGGAAAAAUUUGGUCUUAGAGUGAUUGACUGAAAUAAUGAGAAACAAUGAGUAUUUGAGAUACUUUUUAAGUAUUAACUAUUGCCACCACAGAUUGUUAAAAUAAUUGACAAAGCAAUCAUAACUUGCUCAAAGGGUCUAGUUAUCCCCUCUCUUUUAGAGAAAAAAGAAAAGAAAAGAAAAGGUAUGGGACUUCAACUUAAUUUGAUAAAAUCCUUAACACUGUAUGUACAAGGUAGAUUAAUAACUUGUAUGGUAUGGUUUAAUCCCUCUGGCAGGUUAUGGAAUAAUUUUUUUAAAUGGUUUCUGCAUCAUUCAAGACUAAAGCUGGUGCAAUUAUGCUGUAAACUUCAUAAUAUGAAUCAAGUGAAUAAGGACAAAACUCCUUUCAACAUUGUUUUUUGAUUUGUACUUGUUAAUCAAGUUUGCUGUUAAUCUUCAUCUUUUGCUAAAUAGUGAGGGAGAAGGACAGAUCAGAUGCUCAGAUAAGCUCAUUUUCAUUUGAGUUUUUAAAAUAGAAGCAUGAUGUUAAAAUUAUCAUUUAAAGGAGAGAAACAUGAGGGGCAAAUUAUUGUAACAAAAUACUAAAUUGAAAGAAAUUUCGAUCUUUUUUCAAUGCCACAUUCAUCUCUUUAACCAUUUAUUUAAAACUUAACCAAAUAAGUUUUUGUCUUUAUCUUGAAGACUGAGAUGAACAAAAUCAUUCACAAAAUUUAAGUGUAUUUUGAUGAGAAAAAAAAGUUCCCAUGUGUUUUUUUUUUUCAUGUGCAAUAUUGCAGGAUGUAGAUGAAACAGAAUGUUUGAAUUGUACAUCUGUGAAUGUUUUUCUACUGAAAGUUUUAAUUUUUCACCAUUAGAUUACAAUUUUACCAUUUAAUGAGACUUAUUUUUAAUAGUAUUUUUAUCCUGUUCCUUUGGAGUUUUUCUCAUUUUUGUGCCAUUCGUGCCCUUGACAAUUAAGUUGUACUGAAAGAAUGGACUUUAUUUGGAAAGGAUGGGGAUCUUUUUGACCUUGUUCAAAAACCGAUCAGUGUUCAAGCUUGUCAUUGUUAUUCUACAGGUUGUGGGUGGUCCUUCUUUGAAAUUAAAUUUGCACCUGCAUAAUUUUCGUGGCAAAAAGGGUUAAUAAAAAAUAGCUUUUUUAUUAAAUUUAUUAAAAUUCACGUAAAUUUAAAAGUUAGACCAAAGGAUGUUAAGAUCUGAGCAUACAGACAUUCUUGAUGUUGUGUUUGUGCUUCAUGCCAGCUGAUAUUUUGGAUAAUUUAUUAAAGGUAGUGGUAAAGUAUGGUUACAUUAGGAUUUUGGUUGUAGAUGUGUUUUAGCAUGCUACAGGCCAUAUCAGAACAGACUGCUGGGCAGUAUUGAUGAGUAUGAAUGUUAUGUACAAUGUAUGACAAUUAUGUUUCAGUAAAAAAAAAAAAAAA